ACGAAAACAAGCCACAGCAUUAUCGAGCCAAUCUAGCAUAACUUGUGUUGACCUUCUCAGACUUUCAAAGCGGAUUCCCUGCUUGGAUUCUCUGGUUCAGAGGAAAAAAACCUUCAAGAAAAGUCAAAGUCUACUCAAUUUUUGAGGAUCACCAAUGGCUGCCGUGCGUCCCAUGAUGACGGAGGCAUCCGGCUUCCACGUCCUUCCAGCGCACCUGAUGGCCUCGGCCAUGGAGGAGUUCCCGCAGCAGCUGCCCGUUCCUAAGGGCCCCUCCAAGGGCAAGUGUCGCUCCCGGCGACCCCGCGAGGCCCGAUUCAAAACCCAGCCGGUCACCUUUGCCGAGAUCGCCGAGGUGGUGGACGAGGAAGGCUCUUCGCCUCUGGAGGAGGAACGUGCGCGACGCUCCUUUCUGCAGUCCUUGGAGAACCUGAGGAGGAGCACGCAGACCCUGCACUGCUCGCCGGUCGUCCAACAUAAGUGCGCCCGUUCGCCCACGCAGGACUCAAGUGACUCCGACUCCACCCAGUGAUGGAGCGCGGUUGACAUGAACCAAACUGCUUUUAAUAUCCACUAACAUAUCAACGUGCGGCGCGCGGAUGCGUCAGACGCCUUUUGCCGCUUACUAGCAUGUGGCACUCAACGUAUUUUCAAUGUUUCUUUUUCUAUGACAGCAUCGUGAGGUUUUAGUUUGCCGCCCUCUAGCGGUGCACAAAAGUAUCACUCAAUUAAAUUUUUAAAAUGUGCUGUUUUAACUUUUUAAUGUAGCACAUUAAACAUUUUUAACUCAUCUGUUGCCUUAAAUUGAGGGCUAACAGGGAAUGACCACUUUUCAGUGCCAUUGACAACGUAUUUGACUUUCAUAUACAAAUUUUGCUGUUUUCCAUUGUAUUCCUUUUCUACUGUAAACUUGAAAAAUUACAUCAGCUGUUUUUUUUUUUUUUAGAGAUUUUUAUUGAUUUUUCUACGUCUGAAAAAUUAAGCAAAUGCUAGUAGCCACACCACUAAUGUUGUAAAUAUCAUGACUAAGUGGCCUGGCCGUCACCGAAGCUUUCCGAGGAGUUCACGUUCUUGCGAGUGAACGAAAUUGAAAAGAAAAGAUUCCUUUGUAAAGAUAAAAAGACUUUAUUCUAUUUAUUCUUUUCAUUUGCUUAUAACCAAAUGUGGGAAUUUACUGUGCUUUUUGAGUAAUUAAGUCGACUCGACUUUGACAGAAAGCUGUAACCGUUCCAUUGUGCUUCAUCCUGAAUCUUUAUAUUAAAUACCAUGUUUGUUAUAAGUAUUUUAAUAAAUAUUUGCAAAUAUA